AUGGCGGGCAGCAGGCUUCCCGCAGAGGACGACGGCGGCAGCAACAGCAGCAGCAGCAGCAGCAGUGCCGCCGCCGUAGGUCUCAUCGUCUUCAGCCACGAGCUCCCCGGCGGCGACUCGGUCCAGGACCUGCUGCGCAGGCUGCACCGGCACGCCAAGCGGCCGCGGCACGGCCUCCUAGCGCGGUUCCUGCGCGAGUGCGUCGCGGUCCUGAGGCACGAGGCGCAGGCCCUCCCGCGGGACGAGCGCGCGCCGGCGCCGCCGUUCAGCGACGUGGCGGCGCUGGGCUCGUGCUGGGAGGCGCUGCGGCGCGGGCCCGUGGGCGGCGCGUGGGAGGGCGCCAUGGUGUGUCUGUACCACUUGGCCGUGUUGAUUGGUCACCACGAAGCGACCGACCAGCCAUAUCACAGUCAAGAUUCUGCACCACCGUGCCUGGUAGGGGUCAGCAUCGGCUUGUUUUCGGCGGCGGCCGUCGCCGUAUCCCCUACCCUCACCGAUCUCGUCUCGUGCGGUGCCGAGGCCGUUCGGAUGGCCUUUGUAUUUUGCCGGCACGUCGGCCGCGUCUCCCAGCUGCUCGAGACCACCAUCCCCACCACGCCCGGUCGCAGCCCGAGCUGGGCAUCCGUCAUCAUCGGGCUACCGGCCGACGUGGUGCAGGCGGAGCUGGACCUCUUCAACAACGGCGCUGAGCAGCAGGCGGGCCGACAAGGCGACGACGGCGACGAUGACGACGAUGGCGGCAUGGCGACGGCGCUGACGCGCGUCAGCAUCAGCCACGUGGAUCACGGGUCGGUGGGCGUCACGGGCACCCCCUCGCGCCUGGCCGAGCUGUUCGCCAAGUCAAAGCCCCUGGGCGCCUCGCGGCACGCGGCGCUGCCCAUCUCGGGCGGGCUCUGCCACGUGCCGCACGUCUACGGCGACGACGACGUGCGCGCCGUGCUCCGGGCGGCCCGCGUGGGGGAGCGUUGGGGCCGCGGCAACCGCCGUCGGGUCGUGCGGCCGCUGCUGUCGCCGCACACCGGGAGCCCCUUCGAGGCCGCCGACGCCGCGGGGCUGAUUGAGGAGAUCUGCGCCGAGGCCCUGACCAAGCCCCUGUUCUUCGACAAGGUGGCCGAGGGCGCGGCGGCGCAGACGCUGCGCAGCCUGGACGAACGCGAACUCGCAGCGGCAGGCACGCAGCCGUCGCGUCUCGGCGUGCUGCACUACCGGACGUCGGUCGUCUCGGACGGCAUCGUGGCGGCCGUGGAGGGGCGGCUGCUGUCGUCUCGGGCCGUCGUCGUGCAGCGCCAGGACGUCGUCGACUGGGUCGUGCAGCAAGAACGUGGCGGCGAGGUGGGCAUGGGUCGAGAUCACCUGGUCGGCAACCCGGGCUCGCCGCAGGACUCCAAGCUAGCCGUGGUCGGCAUGGCGUGCCGCAUGCCGGGCGAUGCCGACACGCCCGACAAGUUCUGGGAGCUGCUGGUGCAAGGCCGCGACACCCUAGCCGAGGUGCCCCCUGACCGGUUCGACCUCGACGCGCACUUCGACCCGGCCAUGAAGGCUGAGAAUACAGUAAACACACGGUUCGGAAAUUUCGUAUCCGGCCCGGGCCUUUUCGACGCGGGAUUCUUCAACAUGUCGCCCCGAGAGGCACAGCAGACAGAUCCCAUGCAGCGUCUAGCACUAGUAACGGCGUACGAGGCGCUCGAGAUGGCGGGCUUCGUGCCGGGCCGCACGGCGUCGUCGCACGCCUCGCGCGUCGGCACCUACUACGGCCAGGCCAGCGACGACUACCGCGAGGUCAACGCGAGCCAGAAGAUUGGCACCUACGGCAUCCCCGGCACCGAGCGGGCGUUUGGGAACGGCCGCAUCAACUACUUUUUCAACUUCCAGGGCCCCAGCUUCAACGUGGACACGGCCUGCUCGAGCGGCCUGGCCGCGGUCUAUGCGGCCUGCUCGGCGCUGUGGGCGGGCGAGGUCGACACCGUGGUGGCUGGGGGUUUAAACGUCAUCACCAGCCCCGACAUAUACUGCAUGCUGGGUAAGGGUCACUUCCUGUCCCCGACGGGCCAGUGCAAGGUCUGGGACGCCGGGGCGGACGGCUACUGCCGGGGCGACGGCGUGGGCUCCGUGGUGAUAAAGCGGCUUGAGGAUGCGCUGGCAGACAAUGAUGUGGUCCUGGCCACCAUCCUGGCCGGCGCGACCAACCAUUCGUCCGAGAGCGUGUCCAUCACGCAGCCUCACGCCGCCAUCCAGAAGAACAACUACCAGCGCGUCAUGGACCGGGCUGGUGUUGAUCCCCUGGACGUCAGCUACGUCGAGCUGCACGGUACGGGUACACAGGUUGGUGACGCGGUCGAGUCCGAGUCGGUGCUCGACUUUUUUGCGCCGGACCAUUCUCGGCAGGGGCAGGACCAGCAUCUGGCACUGGGGGCACUCAAAUGUAAUAUAGGCCAUGGUGAGGCCGCCGCCGGCAUUGCUUCGUUGAUCAAGGUGCUCUUGAUGUACCGCCAUGGCGUCAUCCCCCGACACAUUGGCAUCAAAACCGCGGUCAACCCCGUGGUGGCGCGCCACCUGGCCGGCCGCAACGCCGGAGUCGCCUUCGAAAACAAGCCCUGGACCGCCCCAGACGGCGGCGACGGCAAGCGCUAUUCCAUCGUCAACAGCUUUGGCGCCCACGGCGGCAACACGACUCUCCUGCUCGAGGACGGCGCACCGCCGGCGGCAUCGCUCCAUCACCAAGGCGGCGACGGCGGCGACGACGACGGCCGCCACGAGGUCGUCUGCAUCUCGGCCAAGAGCAAAGCCUCGCUGCGCGGCAACGUCGCCGCCCUGCUCGGCUACCUGGACGCGAACCCGGACGCGCGGCUGAGGGACGUGGCCUACACGACGAGCGCGCGGCGCAUGCACCACCACAUCCGCGUCGCCGAGGCCGUCUCCAGCACGGCGCGGCUCGGGGACGUGCUGCGCGCCAUGGCCGCCGACGACGCGGCCCUGGACGCCCAUGCCUGCCACGUUGCGAGACAGGGCAGGAAGAAGGUCGUCUUCGCCUUCUCGGGCCAGGGCUGCUUCUACCGCGGCGCCGCCGCGGCGCUGUGCGAGCGGUCACCCGACUUUGCGCGUCUAGUGCUCGAGCUGGACCGCGUCGUUGUCCAACUAGGCUUCCCGUCGGUGCGCGCGGCCGUCGUUGAGAACAAGACGGACGGCAGCCUGGUGGAGAGUGAUGUCGGCGGCAGCGACCUGAGCCCCCUGGUCGCCCAGCUCGCGCUGGUGGUGUUACAGAUCGCCCUGGCGCGAUACUGGGCGCUCCUCGGCAUCACGCCCGACGCCGUGGUUGGCCACAGCCUGGGCGAGUACGCGGCGCUGUGCGCGGCCGGCGUGCUGUCGGCCGCCGACGCGCUGUUCCUGGUCGGCCGCCGCGCCCAGCUGACGGCCGCGCGCGCCCGCGGCGGCGCCGGGAGCCACGCCAUGCUGUCCGUGCGCGGGGUUUCGGCCGCCCAGCUCGCCGAGAUGUAUCCCCCCGAGAGGUUCGGCUACGAGGUGUCGUGCCUCAACGGCCGCGCCGACACCGUCGUCAGCGGGCCCCGGGACGCCCUCGUCGCCCUGCGCGACGCCACCCUGCUGGAGGAAAAGAAGGCCGCCACGGGGCUCAAGUGUGUCCUCCUCGACGUGCCGUACGCGUUCCAUUCCGCCCAGAUGGACCCCGUCCUCGCCGACUUUGAAGCUGCGGCCCGUCGCCGCGUCACGUUCAAGCGCCCGCAAGUGCCCGUCAUCUCGCCGCUUUUGGGCCGGUGCGUGUUGCCGUCCGAGGCGCACGUUAUCAACGAGACGUACCUGCGGCGCGCCGCCCGCGAGCGAGUCGACUUUGUGUCCGCCGUUGCCGCCGCCGCCGCCGCGGGCCUGGCCGACGACGGCUCGGUCUGGCUCGACAUCGGGCCGCACCCCGUCUGCUCGACCUUUGUCCGAAACUGCCGCCAAGAGCAAAAGGAAGAACCGGCCGCCGUCACCGCCCUCCCAUCCCUCCGCAGGGGCGACGACUCCCUGGCCGCCUGGAGCAGCACUCUGGCCGCGCUGCACCGCCUGGGGCUGCCUGUCGCGUGGGACGAGUACUUUUCGCGUCGGGGCCAUGGCGAGUGUUCGAAAGCGCCACAGCUACUGCACCUCGCCACGUACUGCUGGAACAACAAAAACUACUGGAUACCCUACGAGGGCACGUGGACGCUUGACAAGGCCGACCCCGCCGCUGCUGCUGAGAUGCACAGGCAAAGGACGAGUAGGCGGCAGCCUGCUGGCGAGGUUCCCUUCCUCACCUCGUCCGUCCAGCGGGUUGCCUUUGAGGACGUCGGCGAGAAGACGGCGCGCUUGACGGCCAUUUCCGACCUGAGGCACCCCCACCUGCUCGGGGCAGCGACGGGACACAAGAUCCACGGGAGGAGCGUAUUGACAGCCAGCAUCUGGGCCGACAUCUGCCUCACCGUCGGCGAGCAUGCGUACAAGCGACUAGUCCCAAAUGCCACAGGGGUUCUCAUGGACGUCAGGGACAUGAGGGUCGUCGCGGCGCAGCUGAUCGCCGAGGAGGAGAACGACGGCGACCCCGCCGCCUCGCCGCCAGCCCAGCAGCUCAUACGGAUCGAGGCGGGGCUGGACCUCUCGCUCGGCCGGACAAACGUCGGUCUGUGGACGUGCAGGGCCGACGGGUCCCGCGACCCGGCAGACCGCGCCUUCGCGACGGCCGUGGUGUGGUACUACCCAGACGACGGCACGGCGGCCAUGGCGCGCCAGGAUUGGGCCGCCGAGUGGCGGACUGCCGCGCACCUGGUGGGCUCGCGCAUUGACGCCCUGUGGGAUUCCACGACGGCGGCGGCGACGGGCUCUGGGGAGGCAGGCGGCGGGGCGAGCACCAGCACCAGCAGCGCGCUAUCCAACCGGGCGACGUACGAGCUGUUCGCCAAUAUUGUCGACUACGGCCCGCAAUACCGGGCCAUGCGGCGCGUCGCGCUCGACCCGGACGCGCUCGAGGCCGCCGCCGACGUGACACUCGACGACGACCGGCACGGCGACUGGCGCACCCCGCCGCACUGGAUCGACGGCGCCUUCCAGCUUGCCGGCCUGGUCAUGAACUCGUUCGGCGACCCCGCGGCCGGCAGCCCCGCGCGCGACUUCUUCUUCAUCACGCCCGGCUGGCGGCGCCUGCGGCUCCUAGAGCCGCUCAGGGGCGGGGUCGGCGCCGGCUAUCGCAACUACGUCCGCAUGGCCCCCGAAGCGGGCGGAGCGUCGUACGUGGGAGACAUAUACCUGCUGCGCGGCAAGACCGUGGUGGGCCUUUGCGAGGGCAUUGAGUUCAAGCGCGUGCCGCGGGCCUUGAUGGCAGUCAUGUUCCCCCGAAGAGGCGGCCGGCGCGGCGGGGGAGGCGCCAAGAGCAGCAAUGGCGGCGGCAUCCGCAAUCACCCCCUACCCACUACCAUCAACUACGGCGCCGGCACUGCAGCAGCAGGAGGUCAUGCUCCUAGCCCAAAGGCAGCACCGCCCAUCGAAGCCGCCACGCCCACAGCCGCGGGCACAGCUGAGACAGAGUCCAUAAUCGUCACACCUCCCUCUUCGACUGCCAGCGAUGGCGCGACAGGAGCUGGAGAAAAGCAGCACCAACACCCCCACGUGGCCGCCUCGAUGCGGCUCAUCGCCCGUGAGACGGGCCUGGAUGCCGAGGACAUGCGCCCCGAGACGGCAUUCGCCGACGUCGGCGUCGACUCGCUCAUGUCGCUCACGCUGGCCGACAAGCUCCAGGCGGAACUGGGAGUUCCCGUCAAGGCGUCGCUGUUCCUCGAAUGCGCCACCGUCGCGGACCUGGAAAGGUGGCUGAUGAAAGUAGGAACCCAUGCGUGAUUGGUAGAAAUGUCGAUGGAGCAGGAUAAUUUUCCCAGCUUCAAUGCUGUCGGCACACUACCACUUUUCGCGGAGCGCUUUCCAGAAUUUUGCUAUGCAUGGUCGUUUUUCAGAAUUUUGCCAUCCACUAGCGUUUUUGAACACAAUUGCUAUCCACUAGCAUUUUUGAACACAAUUGCUAUCCACUAGCAUUUUUGAACACAAUUGCCAUC